AUGAAGUACGCUUCUGCGCUUGCGCUCCUCCUCGGAGCUGCUAUACCUGUACAGGCCGCAUUUACGUGGAAGAAUGUCAAAUUUGGUGGCGGUGGUGGCUUCAUUCCUGGAAUCAUCUUUCACCCCAAAACGAAAGGCGUAGCUUAUGCCCGAGCAGAUAUCGGUGGUCUCUAUCGUCUGAAUUCUGAUGAUUCCUGGACCGCCAUUACGGAUGGCAUUGCUACUGAUGCCGGCUGGCACAAUUGGGGCAUCGACGCCGUGGCUCUUGAUCCCCAGAAUGAUGAAAAGAUAUAUGCUGCAGUUGGCAUGUAUACUAAUAGUUGGGAUCCCAACAAUGGUGCUAUUAUUAGGUCGUCAGACCGUGGUGCAACCUGGACUUUCAGCAACCUAACUUUUAAAGUCGGAGGCAACAUGCCUGGACGUGGUAAUGGAGAGCGCCUGGCUGUUGAUCCAGCCAACUCUAAUAUCAUCUAUUUCGGGGCUCGGUCCGGGAAUGGUCUGUGGAAAUCUACAGAUGGUGGUGUCACCUUUUCAAAGGUAGCAUCAUUUACAGACACGGGUCCAUUUGUACCAGACCCGAGUGAUACUACUGGCUAUAAUAGCGACAAGCAAGGACUGCUAUGGGUAACAUUUGACUCAACGAGCGGUACUACUGGUGGCGCAACGUCGCGGAUAUUUGUUGGUACUGCUGAUAAUAUCACUGCUUCGGUAUACGUGAGCACAAAUGCCGGCUCUACGUGGAGUGCUGUCCCCGGACAACCAGGAAGAUACUUUCCCCACAAAGCCAAACUGCAGCCAGCAGAAAAAGCAUUGUAUCUGACCUAUUCCGAUGGCACGGGACCAUAUGACGGCACAUCUGGGUCGGUAUGGAGAUACGACAUCACGGCUGGGACUUGGAAAGACAUAACUCCCGUCAGCGGAUCUGAUCUCUACUUUGGCUUCGGCGGUCUCGGCCUUGAUUUGCAAAAACCAGGAACGCUUGUCGUGGCUUCACUUAACUCUUGGUGGCCAGAUGCCCAGCUAUUCCGUUCCACUGAUUCAGGCACGACUUGGAGUCCUCUAUGGGCAUGGGCCAGCUAUCCUGACAUGACGUAUUAUUACAGCAUCUCGACUCCUCUAGCGCCAUGGAUUAAAAAUGAUUUCAUCGAUGUAACCAGCGAAACACCCCCUGGGUCACUCAUCAAGCGUCUUGGCUGGAUGAUCGAGUCACUUGAAAUCGAUCCCCUGGACAGCAACCACUGGCUCUAUGGUACUGGCAUGACAAUCUUCGGUGGCCAUGACUUGACUAAGUGGGAUACUAUUCACAACGUGACAAUACAGUCGCUCGCAGAUGGCAUCGAAGAAACUUCUGUUCAAGGCCUGGCCUCGGCGCCUGGUGGGAGCGAGCUGUUGGCAGCGGUUGGAGACGACAAUGGCUACACUUUUACAAGCGCAAAUAGCCUUGGUACUUCUCCGCAGAAUGUCUGGUCGACUCCAACAUGGGCGACCUCGUCAAGCGUUGACUUCGCGGGUAACUCCGUCAAGAAUGUUGUCCGAGUCGGCAACACUGCUGGCACUCAACAGGUCGCGAUUUCAUCGGAUGGCGGUGUCACAUGGAACAUUGACUACGGCGCUGACACAAACAUGAAUGGAGGCACUGUAGCCUAUUCAGCCAACGCCGAUACAAUCUUGUGGUCGACAGGGUCAACAGGUGUGCAGCGAUCUCAAUACCAGGGCAGCUUCACGUCAGUCUCCAGCUUGCCCGCAACCGCUGUGAUUGCUGCAGACAAGAAGACAAACAGUCUCUUCUACGCUGGAUACGCAUCAACAUUCUACGUUAGCAAUAACACCGGUAGUAGCUUUACAGCUGGGCCGAAGUUGGGUAGCACAACCUCUGUUCGGGACAUCAUCGCCCACCCAACAACCGCAGGCACUCUAUAUGUUUCCACUGAUGCUGGCAUCUUCCGUUCGACUGACUCGGGCACGACAUUCACUCAGGUGUCCACAGCUCUUACUAACACCUACCAGAUCGCUCUUGGUCUCGGAUCUGGAUCGAACUGGAACCUGUAUGCCUUCGGCACCGGUUCAGCUGGCAACCGCCUUUAUGCCAGUGCAGAUAACGGCGCAACUUGGACGGACAUCCAAGGCAGUGCCCAGGGCUUCGGCGCCAUUGACGGUGCAAAGUUAGCGGGCAGUGGCAGCGUCGCUGGGCAAGUUUAUGUCGGUACAAAUGGCCGUGGCGUCUUCUAUGCUCAGGGCACAGUUAGCGGUGGCACAGGUGGAAGCUCCUCCUCCUCGACCAAGGCCAGCAGCACUACCAUCGCCAGAAGCAGCACCACACUGACAUCUUCGAAUGUAUCAACUACCCGGACGUCGACUGUAACCUCGUCGACUCGAACCACCUCAUCUUCUAGCCCUACGGGAUCAGGGCUUGCACAGCAUUAUGCUCAGUGUGGUGGCGUUGGCUGGACAGGCCCGACGCAGUGUGUAUCACCAUACACUUGCCAAGCGCAAAAUGAUUACUACUCCCAAUGCGUCUAA